AACCAGUAAGUUCCUAACGUUCGGUGAAUUCUCAAAUAGCAUCGCAAAACGAAACCAAAAAAGCAUCCAACCAUCAAGAUGAAAGUGCUGGUAUGCAUGAUCGUGGUGGCAUCCGUGUUCGGCGUUAUCCUUGCUGCUCCUCUAGAUGGCCAGCAGCAGACACUGGCACCGGUUGAGGGUGCAGAAAAGCGUCAGGAAAAGCGUGGCAUUGGUCUCGCGUACACCGGACUUUCCGGAUUUGGCGCUUAUGACACGACGCUCGGACUGGCUGGCUAUCCCGCGACCGCUUACAUCACACCGACCGUAAUCAAAUCAACGUACACCGUUCCAGCGGCAGCUACCUACCAUACGGCGGCAGCAUACGAUGCGGCACACAGUAAAUUCGCCUACGGUGGUUUCUAUCCGGCCAGCUACGGUGCGUACAGUACGGGAGGAUACGGUGCGUUCGCAGCACCAGCCAGCUACAGCAAAAUCGUUCACCCGGCUACCAGUACGUACACGAAGGUCAUCCAGACGUAUCCAUCGGCGACGCUAGUAUCGGCUGGUACUCCGGCGGUCGCCAGCUACACGGGCGUGGGCAGUCUUGGGGGAUACGUUUACUAGUGGCAAUGGUGAGCAGUUCUGGGAAUGGACGCCUUUGAAUGAUGCAUGAAAAUAAAAUAUCACCUAAAUGUGGGUCGAGUAUUUCAAUAUUGUAACUGU